AUGUCGAGGCGCAAGCAGGCGAAACCCCAACACAUCAACUCCGAGGAGGACCUGGGGGAACAGCAGCUGCAGCAGCCGACCCCAGAGCUUGCAGAUGCGGCCCCAGAGGCACGGGCGGAGGGGGAGCCGGGUGCUGUGAUGAACCACCCCGGGCAGGAAGAUGAAGUCAAAGGGAAUGAAGCAACAGUCAAGCGGUUUCGCCGUGAGGACACCCACGUGUGUGACAAGUGCUGCGCAGAGUUCUUUAGCAUCUCCGAAUUCUUAGAACAUAAGAAAAAUUGCACUAAACACCCACCUGUGCUCAUCAUGAAUGUCGGCGAGGGGUCGGUACCUUCUGAAGACUUCUCCGGGACUGUGCUGAGCCACCAGCCACUUAGUCCAAGCAUUAAGGACAGUCACAUGGAGAACAGUGGCAGUUCAGGGGACCUGAAAGAGAAGCCGAGGUCGGAGUCUGUAGUUUACAUAAAGACAGAGACCGCCUUGCCACCCACUCCGCAGGACAUAAGCUACUUACCCAAAGGCAAAGUCGCCAACACUAAUGUGACUUUACAAGCACUACGGGGCACCAAAGUGGCAGUGAAUCAACGGAGUGCGGAAACACUGCCGGCCCCCCUGCCCGGUGCCAACAGUAUCCCGUGGGUCCUCGAACAGAUCCUGUGUCUGCAACAGCAACAGCUCCAGCAGAUUCAACUCAUGGAGCAGAUCCGCAUCCAGGUGAACAUGUGGGCCUCCCACGCCCUCCACUCUGGUGUGGGGGGCACCGACACCCUGAAGACGUUAGGCAGCCACGUGUCCCAGCAAGUUUCUGCCGCUGUGGCUUUGCUCAGCCAGAAAGCUGGAGGUCAGCCUCUGUCUCUGGAUUCUUUGAAACAAGCCAAGCUACCUCACGCCAACGUGCCAUCCACCACCAGCUCAGUCCCCCAGGCACUCACACCCUUUGCCCUGAAGCCCGAUGGCACGAGGGGGCUCCCCAACGUCAUGUCACGCCUUCCAAGUGCUUUGCUACCUCAGGCUUCAGGCUCUGUGCUCUUCCCGAGCCCUUUCUCCACGGUGGCAUUGGACCCGUCCAAGAAAGGGAAAGGGAAGCCACCAAACAUCUCUGCAGUGGAUAUCAAACCUAAAGACGAGGCUAUCCUCUACAAACACAAGUGUAAGUACUGUAGCAAGGUUUUUGGGACCGAUAGCUCCUUGCAGAUCCACCUGCGCUCCCAUACUGGAGAGAGACCCUUCGUGUGCUCAGUCUGUGGCCAUCGGUUCACCACCAAGGGCAACCUCAAGGUGCACUUUCAUCGACACCCCCAGGUGAAGGCAAACCCCCAACUAUUUGCUGAGUUCCAGGAUAAAAUGGCUUCAGGCAAUGGGAUUCCCUAUGCAGUCCCUGUCCUUGUAGAUGAAUCCAACGACUCCCUAGACAGCAAACCUAUCCUUGUACCAGGGACCCCCUCUGCAGGGCUACCUCAAACUCUGUCUUCAGGGAGUAACCCCAAGGACCUCGUGGGCGGCCCAUUGCCCAUUGACUUACAGCCUGGACCUUCUCCAGAAAGUGAGGGUGGAACCACACUCUCUGGGGUAGGACCCAACCAUAAUUCCCCUAGGGUUGGUGGCUUCCCAGGGAGCGGGACUCCCGAGUCAGGGUCAGAGACCCUGAAAUUGCAACAGUUGGUGGAGAAUAUCGACAAGGCCACCUCCGAUCCCAAUGAAUGUCUCAUUUGCCACCGUGUCUUAAGUUGCCAAAGUUCCCUCAAAAUGCAUUAUCGCACCCACACUGGGGAGAGACCCUUCCAGUGUAAGAUCUGUGGUCGAGCCUUCUCCACCAAAGGCAAUCUGAAGACACACCUUGGGGUUCACCGAACCAACACAGCGAUCAAGACACAGCAUUCCUGUCCCAUCUGCCAGAAGAAAUUUACCAAUGCCGUCAUGUUGCAGCAACAUAUCCGAAUGCACAUGGGCGGUCAGAUUCCCAACACACCUCUGCCUGAGAACCCAUGUGACUUUUCAGGUACCGAGCCAAUGGUGGUCGGUGACAAUGGCAGCACCAGUGCCAUUUGCCUGGAUGACAUGGAAAGCAUUGAUGUAGAUGAAGUCAGCUCUCAGGAUGCUCCCAGUAGUUCAUCCAAGUUCGCCAUGUCUCUUCCCAAAAUUCACUCAUCAUCACCAACACUAGGGUUCUCCAUGAUAGCUGCCCUAGAUGCCCCAGGGAAAGUGGGUCAUGGUCCACUUGGCCUGCAGCGGCAGAGCAGCCGGGAGAACAGCUCAGUGGAGAGCGAUGGCCUGACCAAUGACUCCUCUUCCAUGAUGGAAGACCAGGAAUACCAGAGCCGAAGUCCCGAAGCUGUAGAAACCAUAUCCUUACAAGCACUCUCUCCGGCCAACAGCCAAGCAGAAAGUCUUAAGUCCAAGUCUCCUGAUGCUUCUGGCAAAGCCGAGGGUGCCGAGAACAGCCGCACCGAGACGGAAGGUCGGAGCAGUCUCCCACCAACGUUUAUCCGGACCCAACCAAGCUAUGUCAAAGUUGAAGUUCCUGGUGCGUAUGUUGGACCCUCGACCCUGUCCCCGGGCAUGACACCCUUGCUAGCGGUCCAACCACGCCGGCAAUCCAAGCACCAUGGCUGCACACGCUGCGGCAAGAAUUUCUCAUCCGCCAGUGCGCUUCAGAUUCAUGAGCGCACGCACACCGGGGAGAAGCCUUUCGUGUGCAACAUAUGUGGGCGUGCUUUUACCACCAAAGGCAACUUGAAGGUUCACUACAUGACCCACGGAGCAAACAACAACUCUGCCCGCCGUGGAAGGAAGCUGGCCAUCGAGAACACCAUGGCUCUAUUGAGUUCCGAUGGAAAGAGGGUCCCUGAAAUGUUUCCCAAGGAAAUCCGGGCCCCUGCCAUGAACGUGGACCCUGUCGUGUGGAAUCAGUAUACUGCCAUGCUCAAUGGUGGGCUGGCCCUGAAGACUAAUGAAAUUUCGGUGAUCCAGAGUGGUGGUAUCCCUCCCCUCCCGGUGUCCCUGGGGACCAGCUCGGUUGGGAAUAACAGUACCUCAUCCAAGGUGGAUGGCUCCCAUUCCGGUAUCAGUGCCGAUGUGGAGAAACCAAGUACUACCACUGACAGUGUCCCCAAGCCCCAGUUCCCACGCUUCUUAGAAGAAAACAAGAUUGCGGUCAGCUAG